AUGGGAGAUUCAAGUUUUGAGGAGGAAUCUGCUGAUGAAUAUGAUGGUUAUGAUCCUGUGCAUAGUCGACUGGUGGAUGAUAAGGUAACUUAUCGGCCAAGAUAUGCUCCUUCUGAACAUAAUGAAGAUUCGAGCUCUGAUGACCUUAAUGAUGAACCGGAGGAUCGUGCUUCCUAUUCCCACUAUUUCCCACACUCGCCAGUGGGUUCUCCUGACGAGCGUCCUGUCGUUAAGUCUGAACAGAAUGAGUCUCAGAAGAGUACAGACAAUGAUAGGGAGUAUCAUGUCGAACCUGUUGUGGAUGUCACUACUCCAUGUUAUGCUCCGAGUCAAGCUUUAAGCCGUACUCCUGAAUCUAGUCCAGCACUAAGCUACACUGCAAGUGAGCAUGCGUCUGACGUAGUUCCAACUAAAAAGGUAGAGUCUAAUAUUCCUGAGAGAAUCGCAGAACUGGAGGAAUCAGAGGACAACAAUAGCAGUAGCUCCGAGUCAGAUAUAGACGAAUAUAGCCAGAUGUGCAGCAGCAUGAGUCUGAUAAAAGUAGAGAUGAUCUCGUCGAAAAUGUACCACAAACAAAAUCUGGUUCUCCCGCCGAACCUGAACAUUACAAAGAGUUUCACGGUAUUUUUGAAGAUAAUGAUGAAGAACAAGACCAGGGUAAAUUCAAUGAAGACUUUGAAGGAUUUGAAAGAGAUGAACAACCAGAAUCUCAAGUAG